AUGGUAAUAAGAAAUUCUGAACCAUCUAUAAAACCAAAAAUAACAUCAAAUGGACGACGAACACCAACAAUAGUUGUUGGUGUUAAUGGAAUUAAAAAUAAUGUUGAUACAUCAAGAAAAAUACCAUCAUUAUCAACAACAAAACGUCCAACAUCAAUGAAUGAAUUAAUAGGAAGAAUUGAAUCAAUACCAAUACCAACUAUAAUUGAACAACCAAUUGUUGUUUUCGAAAGAGCUGAUUCAGGAAAUGGAGGAAGUGAUGAAAAUAUUCGUCGAUUUGAUCGAAAAAAUGAUGAACAUUUAUCACCGUAA